AGCCACAGCGCAGGGAAGUGGCUGGUCCACCCUUUUGGGACCGGGAGGAGGAAAGAGUCGCACCAGGUCUGCUUCAUCUGGAAACUGGGGCAUGGGAGAAAGGACCAGAAAGUAUGCUUGCUCCUGCGGACUGACUGGCCCGCCCUAACUUACUAGCUCACUGAUGGAGCAGGUCGAUGCAAACCCUGGUUCUCUGUCUGUAAGUCCGCCAGCAGCCCUGCCAAGCUUGCCCCAGGGCCUGAUUGAUUGCUUUCUGCCUCCUCCUUUCCGGUCUAGCUGCAAAAACCCAAGUGAGGCUUUAUUUUGCCGGCAGCCCUGAGUCCCCAGGAACUCAUCAUGGCGACGCCCCAUAAACGGCGGGCGGUGGAGGCCACGGGGGAGAAAGUGCUGCGCUACGAGACUUUCAUCAGUGACGUGCUACAGCAGGACCUGAGAAAGGUGCUGGACCAUCGAGACCAGGUAUAUGAGCAGCUGGCCAAAUACCUUCAACUGAGAAAUGUCAUUGAACGACUGCAGGAAGCUAAACACUCGGAAUUAUAUAUGCAGGUGGAUUUGGGCUAUAACUUCUUCGUUGACACAGUGGUCCCAGAUACUUCACGAAUCUAUGUGGCCCUGGGAUAUGGUUUUUUCCUGGAGUUGACACUGGCAGAAGCCCUCAAGUUCAUUGAUCGUAAGAGUUCUCGCCUCACAGAGCUCAGCGACAGCCUCACCAAGGACUCCAUGAAUAUCAAAGCCCAUAUCCACAUGUUGCUAGAGGGGCUUAAAGAAAUACAAGGCCUGCAGAAUUUCCCAGAGAAGCCUCAUCGACUUCUUUCCUCCAUUCUCCGACAUUAAAGACUCUGAAUGCCUUUGAAAA